AUGGAGCCCCCGCGCGCGCCCGCGAUGCUGAUGCUGCUGCUGCCGCCUCUGCUGCUGCCGCUGCCCCCCUGCGCCUGGGGCAAGUACGUGCGGGGCAACCUCAGCUCCAAAGAGGACUGGGUAUUCCUGACAAGAUUCUGCUUUCUCUCUGACUAUGGCCGGCUGGACUUCAGGUUCAGAUAUCCCGAGGCCAAGUGCUGUGAGAACAUCCUUCUGUACUUUGAUGACCCUUCCCAGUGGCCCGCAGUGUACAAGGCCCAAGACAAGGACUGCUUGGCCAAAGAGGCGGUAAUUCGGCCUGAGAACAACCAGGUGAUCAACCUUACUACCCAGUACCCCUGGUCGGGCUGUCAAAUGGUGUCAGAGGGGGGCGUCCGCUACCUCAGCUGCUCCAGCGGCCGCAGCUUCCGCUCAGUGCGCGAGAGAUGGUGGUACAUCGCCCUCAGCAAGUGUGGGGGGGAUGGGCUGCAGCUGGAGUAUGAGAUGGUGCUGACCAACGGAAAGUCCUUCUGGACCCGACACUUCUCUGCUGAUGAGUUUGGGAUCCUGGAGACGGACGUGACCUUCCUCCUCAUCUUCACCCUCAUCUUCCUCCUCUCCUGCUACUUUGGUUACUUGCUGAAAGGCCGACAGCUGCUUCACACAACCUACAAGAUGUUCAUGGCAGCAGCAGGAGUAGAAGUCCUCAGCCUCCUGUUUUUCUGCAUAUACUGGGGUCAAUAUGCCAGCAAUGGCAUCGGCAAUGAGAGCCUGAAGAUCGUGGCCAAACUACUGUUUUCUGUCAGCUUCCUCAUCUUCCUACUGAUGCUGAUCCUUCUGGGAAAAGGCUUCACCGUGACACGGUGCCUGGGCAUGGGGACAAACCGGGCUCCCUGGCAGAUCAUGACGAGGCCCUCAGCUGCCAACAAGAAUUUCCCCUACCACGUGCGAACUUCCCAGAUUGCGUCAGCUGGGGGCCCUGGGCCAGAAGGGGCCCCAUCAGACAAGUCCUUCCCUCAGCAUGUCUAUGGAAAUGUCACUUUCAUCAGCGACUCCGUCCCCAACUUCACGGAACUCUUCUCCAUCCCUUCAGCAUCAGGGGCCAGCGCUGGGAAGCAGGUGGAGGAGACAGCGGCAGCAGAGCCUCCAAGGGGCCGGGUGGUGACCACGGCCAAGCAGGCCUCUCCACCCCCGGCCCCCGGUGGGGAGGGCCUGCCGCCCCCUUACCAGCUCCAUGCCCCCCAGAUCCACAGGCCCCACCCUGGCUUUCCUGAGUACUUCAGCAUCCAUACCAGUGCUGGGGCUGCACCCCCCAUCUGAGGGCUGGCACCCCACUUAUGUAUGCCCACAUACACACGCAGCCCUGAGAGGUUUUAGGGGGGUGGGGGUUGGCCCAGCCUGAGUUCUGGGACCCACCAGGCCUUGACGGUCAGCCGCUCCCCUUCCCCACCCCACACCCAAUUC